AUGAAUGAAAUUCUCAACCAGUGCUAUUUUGAGGGGGAAAAUGACCAGUACCAGGAGCUGUACAUUAAAGGGGAGGAAGACGACGAGAAGGGAGUUGUGAUGAAUGCCAAGUUUGUGGGAGACAGGCUCUCACAGGGGGAGGAAGAAGGAAGCGUACCCCGCGAUCAGCGCACUUCCAUAGAGGCCUAUGGGCAAGUAGAACUGGCCAGAAGGGAUGUAAGUAGGCCUAAACGGGAGAAGCAUGGGGAGGAUAACGAACCGGAGCACGAAAAACAGGCCCUCAUCAAAAUGGAGCAGGAAUUUAAGGAGGACCUGCUGCUGGACGAUGAGGACAUUUUCGGGGAAGAUCUCCUGCGCGCGGACGGGGACGUAAAGGAGGAGCAUCCCCCCCAGUUAACCACCACCCCCAAGGGGAAAACAAAAGCUGGGGAGGAAGAAGCAGAUGCAGAGGACGGGAUUACCCUGUUGAGACAGACUGAUAUGCACGAAAAUAGGGUCUCUGUCCCAAGCCUUCACAGCAGUGAAGAUGACUUCGAAAGUUGCAGUGUUGAUGAGAAGGGGGAAAGAGAAAAAGACGUGGAAGGGCAAAUCACACACAACAAGGGGGUGCAGAUCGCACAGACCGUUAUUGAACUAAGCAGUAAUGAGGAACAGAGCCAGGUGUCAAUCAAAAUUAAUGAGGAAGAAAAGUGUGAGGCAUACAAGGAUCCACUCAUCGGUGGGGAAGAAAGCGCACAGGUUGAGUCCCCUCCCCUACAUGAUAAGCUACACAGUUUAGCAGAUAAUUCUUCGAGUGAGGAUGAUUUAGUGGAAGGGGAAGGUCCUCCUCAUGGGGAAUCCUCUGCCUAUGGAGACCUGUCCUCAGAGAUGCCCUUUUCUACCUCUAUCGAGUUGGCAGCUGAAAUGGAGAACUCGAACGCUGCUCAGCCCAUCAGUGGGGAUGAACAGAAAGUCUCCGAGGCGCUAAAAAAGAUGAAGGACAAGGUAAGGAGGUUUAUUAGCAAAGAAAAAAUAAAUAAUAUUCUCCUGAACAAGGUGGACCUAGAUACGGUCGGGAAGGAAAGUUACUUGGAGAACCUGCUGAGCAAUAAGGUGUUGUUGGACGGGUUUGGCGUGGGCGGGGUGGCAGCAGAAGGGCUGGACGGGGAGGUAGGCUGUGAAGCCCACGAUGGAGGAAUCCUGGUCGACGAAUUUGCCGAUGGAAAAGGCCCCUCUGAUGAUAGAGAGCAGCUGCGGGAUAGCCGCACGCUGGACGCCUACCUGGACCAAACGAAUAAAGAAAACGAGCAGCUGGUGAAGGAGUACAAGAAAUUAAAAAAAAACAACAUUGAAAUAAAUGAAGAAAUGAAUGAAGACAUUAAAAUUUUGUUAAACAUGUUUGGAAUUCCUUAUGUGCAAUCCCCGUGUGAAGCGGAGGCGCAAUGUUCCUACCUGAAUUGUAAAAAUUAUUGUGACGCGAUCAUAAGUGACGACUCCGAUGUCCUUGUAUUCAAUGGAAAAACGGUCAUUAAAAAUUUUUUCAACCGAAAAAAAACUGUAGAGGUAUAUGAAAGAAAACUCAUAGAAGAUAAAUUGGGUUUGUACCAAGACGAGUUAAUAAACUUGUCGUUGCUGUGUGGAUGUGAUUAUACCAUUGGAGUCCACGGAGUAGGAAUAGUAAACGCCUUGGAAAUUAUUAAAGCUUUCCCCACAUUUGAGGAUUUGAAAAAAUUAAAGGAGAUCGUAUCGAACCCUUUUAGAGACCUCAGCAAGGAUGACAAAUAUUUCCACAACGAGGAAGUCCAGCGUUUUUUAAAAACUCAUAAAAAUUAUAAGUUUAAUUGGAUCUUCCCCAAAAAUUUUCCUGACCGGGAAGUGUACAAGUGCUUCAAGUACCCUAAGGUCUGUACAGACAUAGAAAAAUUUCAGUGGCAUUUUCCAAACCUGAGUCACAUUAGCAGGUUUUUACACCAAGAGACCAACAUUGCCGAGGACAAAAUAUAUAAAGUCCUGAACCCUAUUGUGCAGAAGUACGAUGUUAAGGUCAGAAGUUACCAACUCAAGUUAGACCAAUUUUUUCCUAUCAUUGAAAGGAAGAGAAAGACCGUCGACAACCUGAUAGACAUUAUUCGGGACAACCAGAAGGGGAAAAGAGGCAAAGGAGCUAGAAGUAGCAGGGGCAGUGGGGGGGGAAGUACUGGAGCCAGUUCCACACCCAGCAGAGAUAUCCCUAUCACCUCCCUCAUUGACUUGAACCCUGCGGGGGUCAUUCGUUCCAAGCGCAUGACGACAGCACUGGACCACAUAAAGGGACGCGGACGCUCCCGAAAAAGGGGCUCCCAAGGGAGCAUGCGGAAAUGA